AUGAGUGGUGGAUCCGUUACCAUAAAUGCUUCUAUAUCCAAUCGAGUGGAGAUUCUGAACAUUACUUCAGACUCAACUUUUUAUGAUGAUAAUUCAUCGUAUAGUCCUUAUGGCGACAAUACACUAUUGCAUACAAAUACAAAUAUUACAAAUAAUACUCUGAAAAAAGAAGAUUGUUUCGAAACUAUUACGGGAAAAGACUGGAUCCCGAAUGGAGAAAUCCAUGAAUCAAAUAAUAAUAUAACAGAUAUAAACAGUACAAAAAGUUUUGAAAAUCACAGCAGUCAAGAUAUUACAAAUUACAUGUUUGAUGUAUCUUCGGACAACAAAAUCGAGCCAUACAACGAAAUCAAAGAAGUUCUCAAAGAAAAAUUCCUCGCCUCGUUGAAUCUGAUUCGUACAUCAUUGAUACCAUCUGACACAAAUAAUACAGGUUCAGUCAGAGCACCAAGACGCCUGACUAGAAUCAGAAAAGUCAAAAAAGUAUUCGAUCCAUCAGAUAAUUUUAUAGUGAAAAAGAAAAGAAGCAAACAGCCCAAAACAAUGCCAACAAAGCCAAAAACGAUGCCAACGAAGCCAAAUGCUACAAUUUCCCAAGAAAACAGAGAAACUGUUACCCAUUCUCAAAACAAAGAAACUUCAAAAGAUAAAUAUUUUCAUUGCUGCAGUAGUGAUAAACCAGAUUCAUUAGUGAAAUCACCAUCACUUGAAAAAGUCUCAAAGAGUUGCGAUUCAAUGGAUGCGUCUGAGGUAACCAACCGUUUGAAGGCAGAAAUAAAAGAAACUGCAAACAGCCCAAAAAUAUCAGAGGUGAUCCAUAACAAAAUAACAAAAAAAUGCGAAAACAAAAAAAAAAUAGAUUCUAACAUACCAGAUGUUAGAAAAUGGACUGUUGAGCAAGUUUUUCUCUUUUUCUCACGUUAUUUUCCUCGACAUUCUCAGGCAUUCAAAGAACAUGAAAUCGAUGGAGCUUCUUUGCUCCUUUUAACCAAGAAAGCUAUAAUCGAAAAAUUUGGUGGCUUACACGGAAAAUUGGGACCAGCAUUAAAAAUUUAUAAACAGGUAGUCAUCCUAAAAGCAAGAUAUGACGAUACCGCCCUUUACUGGCUUUAA